ACGACUACGAGGCCCAUCAGUAAUCAAUGGCCUCGCAGCUAAGGAUUUAACCCUCGAGCUCUUUUUCGUGCGUGAUUUAGACAUUUAAAAGUCGUUUUUAUUCAGUUUUAUAGCGACUCAGUAUUCUGGCUCGCUCACUUGCGUCUUCGAUUCGUUUCCUGCGGUAAAACGUCGAGUCGCUGUUUAUUUUCAACCGUCAAGUUCGAUCAUGCCGAAAAAGCCUGGAUAUAAUUUUUCGUCUUUCUUCAAUACAUCGGAAAAUCGCGAGCACACUUCGGUCGCUCUUAAACCUUCGUAAUUGUAUUGCAUCUGAUUGAAAAUAGGUUUGAUUGUGCGCUUGUGCAAUGUGGGGGCGGUUUCCGAUCAACAGGAGUUUGACUUAAUUUCAUAGAGCAGUGAAGCUCUCGUCGACAAACAAGUGAAUUUUUUUCGACUUUUGAUAUUUGACCCAGGAAAUAAGAGUGACAAUGAGAAAUCGCGGUAAAACUUUUCUGUGGAUUAACCCUAAAAGGGGCAGGGCGAGUACUAAUCAAACAUUUGGAACAAAUGCCGUUGAUCCGAGAAGUUAAAUCCCUUUCGCGCUCUUCGCUAGCUCGAAACUGCUCAAAAAACGUAAUUUGGUGCAAGAUUUUCAUCAAAUAUGUCGCCUCACCGAAUACCGACAUGAUUUAUAGUCGCGUGAGAUUUUCGUAACACGCAUUGAGGCCGACGCUACGAAGAUUUUUCGCUCAAAGCUCAAGAUGGGCAGCGGGGGUGUUGGCGAGGUUCCAACGAUCUUUCACCCUCGCCGAUCCCGUGCUCCCAGCAUUGUUUUGAGCGAGGAUCAGCCCAGUCACGGGCCGUACGCGAGUCCCGUUCAAGUCGUCCUGGAUAAUUCCGGAUGCGAGCAGCAGGGUUGCAGUGUUGCCGGGGGUUGCGGCGACUCUGCAUCAAGCUGCAGAUCGCUAGAGACGAGCGGCAGUUGCGCUGCGAGCGGGGUCGGGGGUGGGGGAAGUCGCGGCGGAAGCGGAGGGACCGGUCAAGGACAAGGCGAGCAAUCGUGUCACAUCGGUGCCCCCCCGACAACUUACCAAACUCGCAGGCACUCGAUUUCCCCGUGUUACUCAUCGUGUUGCGCAGAAUCCGCCAAAAAAAUAUACUUCGGUGUUUGCGUGACGAUAUGCGUUACCGCGAGCUGGGUCGGAGCUACUCAUUGCAUUAAAUACUUAUAUUUUCACAAACCCGACAUCAUCAAGUACUCCAGCUCGUCGUCUUCAAAUUCAUCGGUCACAGGACACUUUCAUCAACACGUAAAUCUCAUGCCGCUUCCCUACAACGCGCCAUUCUUCACGACCUGGUUUUGUACAAAUUGGGCGGUGCUGUAUUUUCCGAUAUACUUUUUGUGCCGAGUCGCCAGGACAAAAUGUACAAAUCCAAUGGAAAUAAUAGCGGAAAGCUUGCGAGGCUUUCGCGACAAGGGAUUCACGGGCGGUCGUUUUUUGACGAGGUGCAGUUUAUUCUGCGGGCUCUGGGUCGCGACGAAUUACAUGUACAUUCAUUCGUUACGAAUCCUUUUGGCGACCGACGUCAUGGCUGUAUUUGCGACUAAUGUAUCGUGCGUUUAUCUCUUGUCGUGGGUUAUACUUCACGAGCAAUUCGUCGGUGUGCGGAUCGUCGCGGUCAUCCUGUGCGAUACUGGAAUAGCGUUGUUGGCUUACAUGGACGGUAUAACCGGAAGUCCAACUCUGGGAGGAGUCGUCCUGGCUGCUGCAGCUGCUGCAGGAUCAGCCGUUUACAAGGUACUAUUCAAGAAAGUCAUUGGAGAAACAACGUUCGGUCAGGUCUCCCUCUUCUUUUCUCUCAUCGGUUUAUGCAACGCGGCUCUUUUGUGGCCGGUUUGCGUAGCCCUGUAUUUUUCUGGUGCUGAGAGUGUUCCCUGGUCGCGAUUGCCAUGGGCGGCGCUGUUAUCGGCGAGCAUCCUCCACCUGGUUGCUAACAUGUUGGGCAACUUUAGCAUCGCCCUGACCUACGACCUCUUCAUAACUCUGGGUCUCAUUACCGCAGUUCCUGUAUCCGCAGCACUGGACGUUGUUCUGUACGGCGCUCAUUUCGUCGGCAUGAAAUUAGCGGGGAUCAUACUAAUCGCGGUUGGUUUCUUUUUGGUGAUGUUUCCCGACAACUGGCCAGACUACAUAACUCGACUACUUCGAAACAUAGUCGUCAUGAGUCACAGUACAAGUACGACAAGUUCGCAGCAACAAGGGGUCGUCAGGGGUGGUGUGAUUAGGAGCCGCAGGCAUUCGGUCCAGCAACGACAAUUUCGACGGAACUACGGGGUCUCGUCGUCUCACGGUGAUGGGCAAACCCUCCUUCCAAUAACAUCCGCAAACAACCAGACCAACUCGCUCCAUCGACUUAACGCCAACAACCCCUCAUCUCCCGAACCCUCGCAUCGUCCUCCUACCUCAACCUCAACCACCACCAAUAACAACCACCAUCGUACCAACGUCUCCUCGCAAGCUCAACAAGAUGGAGUAGAAGACACAGACACGGUCUGCCAGGCGGGACAUCGCGCGACGUGAUUGACUAUCGAACGGGGUACAUAAAAUCGCACCUGCGAUCGCCUUCCGGAAGAGUUCGGUGACUAACUCGGUUAUUCGUUGGAUUCAAACUUUCGUGCAUUCGAUUAUCCACAUUGUCGAUGAUACGAAUACAGUAAACGCGUAAUUUACCGAGAUAAAUCGUAAAUCGAUGUUAUUAAGUGUUCACCAACGAAGAGUAUAACGAAUGUUUUACAAUUUUUCAAAUAUAUAUACAAUUAUAUAUGACCGCGUCAGCUCAUCAGUCUUCUAGGAAGAUUCGUACGUUAGUAAAAUGAACAACAGGGUUUCCCCGCCGCGUUCGCGGCCACUAGGUAUAGCGGACCACGAUGUGUAAACAAAGCAAAGAAAACCAGAGAAACAACAAAACUCAAAACUUGUUGAAAUCGUGUUUUUUUCCUUGAAUUACAAGCGUCUUUCAAAAUGGUGGGAGAAAUGUGAAAAAUAAGAAAUCAAGGAAUGAUUGGAUAUCGUAAAAUCGUGUAAUUUAAUGAAUUACUGAACUCUGGAUAAACAUUUUUAUCAAAUAUUACGCAAUAUUACGAUAACAAUUGUAAUUAGUGAAUUCAGUGGAAAUAUCCCGUAGGAAAUGUCGAAAUAUCGUUGAGUAAAUCGUACAAACGUAUGCGUUGACUGUACGAUUUAUAAACCCCUGGCAAUAACGUCGUCGACUAAUUAAUCAAAUUUUAGAAUCUUCACGAUUCCAUUGUAAUACGAAGAUAUUUAGGAAAAUAACCAGUGAGAGCCGGUGCUCUGAAUCGUCGUCGGUCAUUCGAAUCCCCACAGUUUCACUCACCUUAUUCGUACCUUGAGCAUGCUACAUUUUUCUCAAUUCACCCUCUUCCGGUUAUUCCAGCAUGAUUCGAUAUCUUUCACCUUUUCAAAACACUCAUAAUUUUUAACCCUUUCAACAGUAAUACAUAGAAACGAUUCGAACGAAAGUUAUCGUAGCGAUUCUUGCAUAUUGUUAUCAACAUAUUACGACCGAGACUGGAUCACGGCCGCGUUUUAAUACUGUACUUCUAUCGUAUUCGUAAAACCUAACCUCAAAAUAUUCUGCAUAUUAUGUAAUCUGUUAUUUCUUCGAACUAUACACAAAUAAUCGUUGAACACUACGUGGAUGUUUGAACUUGGAGAUGUUUAUCAUAAUGUACUACACACACGGACUGACUUUGUGACAUAUUACUGUCAAUUAUUACCGCGACGAGGUUUAAAAAAACGGUAGAAAGAAUCGAGUUGGAACUGAAGAAAAAAUACGUGUUUGAGGGACGGGAACCACGAAGCGCAUUUAUCUUAGGAAGUUUGAAUUGUUCGUAAUUCGAUAAAAUUAUAUGUAUAUGUAUUAUUAAUAACGCAAAUGUGAUGUGUUGAUAGUAAAGAUAAUAUUUAUUAUGAAGAUGAAGCGACGGAAUAAUAAAAAACAAAACAAACGGC